ACCGUCGCCACCGAGACCGCCACGACCUCGACCACCACGACCACUACCGAUGCCGUUCCCGAAUCCAAGCCUGUCUCUAGCUUUGUCCCCGAAAACGUCGAUGCUCUUCCCGUCAGCGAACGCAAGACCCUGGCUGAAUCCGCCAAGGGUGCCGGAAACAAGCUCUUUAUCGAAAAAAACUACACCGAAGCCAUUGAUCUGUACUCCCAGGCCAUCGCCCUCCACCCCACUGCCAUCUACUACUCCAACCGCGCUGCUUGCUACUCCAACCUCGGCAAGUUCGAAAAGGUCGUCGAAGACUCGACCGAGUCGAUCAAGCUGGAUCCCGUCUACAUCAAGGCCAUCAACCGCCGUGCCCAAGCCUACGAAAAGCUCGAUGAUCUCCGCAGUGCUCUCAAGGACUACACGACCCUGUGCGUCCUCGAAGAGUUCAAGUCCGAAGCCUCCCUCAACUCCAUGGAUCGCGUCAUGAAGCGCCUUGGCAAGGACCAGGCCGCCGAGAUCAUGAAGACCCGCAAGUUCCAGCUGCCCUCCGAGACUUUCAUCACCGCCUACAUGGACUCCUUCCGCCAGACUAGUGCCCACGCCCAGCGCAUCAUCGAUUUGACUCCGGUCGAAGAGGGCGAUCGUCUGGUCCAGUCCUCCUUCCGACUCAUCCUGGAGCGAAAGUACACCGAGGCUUCCGAGGCUGCCUUCAAGGCCUGCGACUCGCCCCUUAGUGACGCCUUCAAGUAUCAUGCCUUCAACAUCCGCGGCACCUUCAGCUUCCUCAAGGGCGAUGUCAAUGCCGCCUUUGCUGAUUUCGAAGAGGCCAUCAAGCUGAAUCCCAACGACAUCGACUCCCUGAUCAAGCGCGCUUCCAUCUUCAUGGAGCGUGGCGACAUUGCAAGCACCCUUCAAGAACUGGAUAGCGCCGAAAAGAUCAACUCGCAGGAAUCCGAUCUCUACUACCACCGCGGCCAAGUGCGCUUCCUGACUGAGCAGUUUGCCCCGGCCGUCGAGGACUACAAGAAGUCGAUCGCUCUCGACAGCAACUUUGUUUAUGCUCACAUCCAGCUCGGCGUCACGCUCUACAAGAUGGGCAGCGUCAUGGAGGCCAUGGCUGUCUUCCGCAAGGCUACCAACAAGUUCGAGAACAGUUUCGAAGUCUACAACUACCACGGCGAGAUUCUGCUGGAUCAGGGCAACUUCACCGAUGCCCUGGCUAACUUCAAGAAGGCUUCGUCGAUGCAGCCAAACUCUCCCCUUCCCUACAUCAACCAGGCCAUUCUCCACCUCUCGAGCACACAGGACAUUGCCGAGGCCGAAGCGCUGUGCCGCAAGGCCAUCGAGGUCGACCCCCUCUGCGACAUUGCCUAUGCUCAGCUCGCUCAGUUGCUCCUCCAGCAGAAGAAGACCACCGAGGCUCUCCAGAUCUACGACACGGCUAUCUCCAUCACGCGAUCGGAGCCCGAGUUGAUCAACGCCAUUGCUUGUCGAGAAGCUGCCGUUGCACAUAUUUAUGUGUCUGAGGUACGACCA